AUGCCGACGAAUAAUUGGACGCGAGAAUUAGAAAAAAUGUUGAAUGGUAUUGAACGCCAAGCGACAUUUUCGUUGCAAAAUAUAAGCAAUUUUUGUGAACAAUCAGGUCAAUCUUUCCAUCAAGCAGAUUGGAAAUACUGUCUAGAUCGUGCUAAGGAUAGGUUGAAGGAGAUUUAUUCCAAAUUUAAAAGUGACACGUCAUUCGAUAAAAGUCGAAAUGGAAGUAUUCAAAGAUCAAAAAAUUCUUCGGUAAGAUCUUCAAUUUCAAGCGGAAAAAACGGUUUGAACACGAUCAUUGAAAUUAGUGAUGAUGAAACGGCUAACACAACGGAAGUAAUUGGUGAGAUUGCUCUUAGUGAUGUUGAUCAUGAGAUUAAAACUGAGAAUGAUGAAAACGGUGAUCAACCUUCAGACGGAGAGAUACCAAAUGUUGAGCCAAAAGAAGAAGAUGAAAUGGAAAAUGAGGAGAUUCCCAUAGUUCGUAUUCCAGCCAAUCAACUGAUGGUCGUUUGUAGCCCUGAACGUGUUAAAAUCGAAAAAGACGAAAAUUGUAACAAAGACAAGGGUAUCAAACGUGAACGAUCAAAUUCACCGAAUACCUCAAUUGAAAGUGAUGAGAACAACCGUACAAAUGCUAAUAAUCCAUAUAGAAACAGAUUACGAGCAUCGAAGAAAAAUACGAUCCGAGAAAGGGGUGAUAAAAGAAAUGCAAAAGUGACCAACGAAGAGGAUAACAAUUUAGAUUACAAUGUUUCAGAAGCUGUUAGUGAAGUAAAUGCAGCUAAAAAUGUGGCAAGUUGUCAAAUGACUCUUGAUAAAUGGGUUUUCCAAAAUAAUAAGGGGAAAGAAAACAAGGAAAAAGAACAGUUUAAUGGAGAAGCAGGUGGACAAAACAAAAAGAAGAAAUCGAAUAUUCAGCGAUCAAAUAACAAAAUUGGAGCAGUCUCGAAACCUGGCAAUACUCAAACUCACGAAGGAAAAAAACUGCAUCAAUGUGAUCAAUGUCAGAAGCGAUUCGUAAAAAGAUGUAAUCUUAAAACUCAUAUGAUGACACACACUGGAGAAAAACCGUAUCAAUGUAAUCAUUGUUUGAAACGAUUUCGUCUUAAGAGUUAUCUCAACGAUCACAUUCGAGCUCACACGGGAGACAAACGAUAUCAAUGUGAUCUUUGCGAAAAACGAUUUAUUAAGAAAAGCAAACUCGAUAGGCAUAUUCGAACUCAUACCGGAGAGAAACCGCAACAAUGUGACCUUUGUACCAAACGAUUCGGAACAAAAUGUGAACUUAAAAGACACAUGAGGACUCAUAAAGAUGAUCUGUUCCACUGUUCCGGUUGUUUUCGUGGAUUUUCGCAAAUCACAGAGAAAGAGGCACACGAAAGAGAUUGUAAAACACGUCGAUUCGAGUGCUAUAUUUGUAACAGAGAUGAAAAUAAGAAAAAGUAUGUUACCACUGGAAAGAAUGCAAUAGUGAAUCAUAUGAGAACGCAUACUGGAGAUAAACCACAUCAAUGCAGUCAAUGUCAGAGACGAUUCAAUUGCUUAUCUAAUUUGCUUCGGCAUAAGAAGAGUCAUACUGGAGUAAAACCGCAUAAAUGCGAUCACUGCCAUAAGCGAUUCACCGAUAAAAAAGGCACUAAGAACUAA